AGCUCGACCGCACAAAUAUAGCACAUCCCAUGCGAUGCUUUUAAAAUUUGAGGGAAAGCGAUACAGUUUAGCAGACGAGUUUCCGGUCUAUUCCUUUGGCGUUUGUUACCCCUCCUACACACGGUUUGGAAAUUCCCUCCAUAUGUAUAGUGAUUUGUUUGUGUUGGGGAGCCCGAUGGGGAUGAGUUUGCAGCUCGGGAUUAUGUGCUAGACUGGCCAGCACAGAGCAAGAAUCAAAGAGUUACAUGAAGGAAGGUUUUUUGGGAAUACUUAAGAAAUACGUGGAUUUAUCGUCACCAACAAGAGUCUGGCAGUGAGGCUGGUGUGAGUGUAUGUUGAUCCAGUAGAAGCUGUUGGUUGUGAAUGAGAUUCAGUUUGUUUAUGUGUGUGUGUCUGCGUUAUCUGAACCCAUCGUAAGUGGGAGGUGCUCAGGGGCAGAGCUCCAGUUAGGGGCAGAAAUCUACAGGCUGCAGCCUCUCAAACAUGAGCAAACUGACUUUCCACAAUAACAAGAUGAUGCAGGACCGCCGGUGUGUGUGUGUGUUCCUCCCAAAUGAUGAAACGCUCAACGUCAUUGUCAGUGUUAAGACCGUGUGUCAGGAGUUGUUGGUGCAGGUCUGUGAUUUGCUUAGGUUGAAGGACUGUCACCUGUUCGGCCUCAGUGUUAUUCAGAACAAUGAACACAUAUACAUGGAACUGGGACAGAAACUGUCAAAAUAUUGUCCAAAAGAGUGGAAACGGGAGGCCAGCAAGGGAAUUGACCAGUUUGGACCUCCGAUGAUAGUUCACUUCAGAGCACAGUAUUAUGUGGAGAAUGGUAGACUUAUCAGUGAUCGUGUGGCACGGUAUUAUUACUAUUGGCACUUGAGGAAGCAGGUACUGCAGUCUCAGUGUAUCCAAAGAGAGGAGGCCUAUUUCCUGAUGGCAGCAUUUGCUCUGCAGGCUGACCUGGGAAACUUCAAACGGAACAAACAUUUUGGUGCCUAUUUCCAGCCGGAAGCUUACUUUCCCUCCUGGGUGAUUGCUAAGAGAGGAUGUGACUAUAUUCUCCGUCAUAUUCCAAACAUGCACAAAGAGCAGUUUGCCCUUACAGCAUCAGAGGCCCAUCUGAAGUACAUCAAGGAAGCGGCCCUCUUGGAUGACGUGUCUGUUCAUUAUUACCGUCUUUACAAGGAUAAAAAAGAGUUGGAGGCCUCAUUAACUCUGGGACUCACUUUACGUGGAAUUCAGAUUUUUCAGAAUGUGGGAACUGUCAGGCAGCUCUUGUAUGAUUUCCCCUGGACUAAUGUGGGAAAACUGGUGUUUGUGGGGAAGAAGUUUGAGAUUCUUCCUGAUGGUUUGCCAUCAGCCAGGAAGCUCAUCUACUACACUGGCUGUCCUCUGCGUUCACGACACCUCCUGCAACUGCUCAGCAACAGCCACCGACUCUAUAUGAACCUACAACCUUUGCUCAAACAGGUUCGACGUCUGGAGGAAAAUGAAGAGAAGAAACAGUACAGGGAGUCGUAUAUCAGUGAUGCUCUGGAGGCAGAUAUGGAUCAUUUGGACCAGCGGUCACGUGCCAGCGGCAGCAGUGCGGGCAGCACAUCACGACCGAAUCCAUUUUCACGGCACUCCACCACAAGUCACGGCAGCUCUCACACAUCCGGCAUUGACACAGACAGUUUCAGAACACCUACAAAUGCACCUCAUCGACCACUGAGAACACACUCUUCUUCCAACACAAGCCAUGCAAGCACACGCACAUCUGGCAUCGAGAGCAGCAGCAAGGAGCACUGCCUGGAUGAAGACGAGAUUGAGAUGUUGGUUGAUGAUCCAAAAAGUUGUGAAGAUCUUGAUGAUUUAGAGCUCAAUCAGGAGCUGUGUAUCCACAUCACAGAGGACAUGCUGACGUCAGCACACAACAACGGCUGCUCCGGGUUAGUGGUGAAGGAAGUCAGUUCUUCCACAUCCAGCUCAUCAGAGACUGUAGUGAGAAUGAGAGGCCAGAGCAUUGAAUGUCUCCCCCAGACGGUGAUGGGCAGGAAGGGCCAGAGCUCCACAGAUCGACACAGCCAAUCACUGGAUGAUGUUCGCCUGUUCCAGAGGAACUGCCAGGAGUGGGCAGAGCUUUGCCAGGACACUGCGCACAGUUAUACGUUCGGCUGCGAGCCAGACCUUGGGCACACUGUCGGCUGUGGCUACCAGGGACUUGCAGAGCAGUGUGCUGGUAUCCGGAAUAACCAGAACGCAUUUCCCAUCAAGAGAACCAGCAAGUAUUUCUCUCUGGAUCUGGACAGAGAGGAUCUGACCACAGAGCUCCUGGCCACAGAAGCAGAGCCAGAGUUUGUGGUGUGAGGCAGAGAGUACUGAAAAGAGCCCCAGAACAAAACCAGGAUUACAGGACAUUAUUAUUAAAAGGAAUAGUUCACCUAAAAAUUUUAAUUCUGUCAUCCUUUCCCUCCCAUGUUUUUCCAAACCUGUAUGACUUUCUUUAGUGGAAACACAAAAGAUUAAAAAAAAGAAAAAUGGCUACUCUUCCAUAUAAUCAAUGUGAAUGAGUUUAUCCUUAUAGUGAUCCAUACAACUUGUGUGCUAUAUUCCAAUUCCUCUGAAGUCAUACAAUAUUUUUCUGUGAGGAACAAAAUAAAAUGUAUCUUUAUAUAUGUCUUUGCUCUCCUUGGGGCAUUCAUGAAAGAGGAAGCGAUCAGUGAGUCAGAAUCGACUGAUCUGAAUGAUUUGUUCAUGAAUCAGACUGAUUCAGUUCUCGAGUUCAACUCACGACAGCAAAUAACAACUUGCCUAUGACUUUCUUUCUUCUGCAGAACACAAACAAAGGUUUUUAGAAAAAUAUCUAAGCUCUUUUGGUCCAUAAAAUACAACUGGAUGGUGACCAAAACUUUUUAAAGCUCCAAAAAGCAUAUAACUUCAGCAUAAAGCAAUCCAUAUGAUUCCAGUGGUUUAAUCCAUGUCUUCUGAAGCUCAAUUACACUUCCUAGUGCUUGACACAUGUGCAGAGUGCUAGAUGGAUUGUUCUCACCCAAAACUGAUAGAAUUUCUUGAGAAGAGAUGGAUUAAACCACUGGAAUCAUAUGGAUUGCUUUAUGCUGAAGUUAUGUGCUUUUUGAGUUCUGGUCACCAUUCACUUGCAUUGUAUGGACCUAUGGAGCUGAGAUUUUAUGUAAAAAAAAAAUAUUUGUUUGUGUUCUGCAGAAAAAGUCACACAUAUCUGGGAUGGCAUGAGGGUGAGUAAAUGAGAUAAUUUAUUUUUUGGGUGAAUUCUUCCUUUAAAUUUCACUGUUGUAUGGUUUCAGAAAACGUUUUUCACAGAACACUUUUAUGAUAUUUUAUGGGGCUUUUUUGCUUGACAGGAGCUUUACAGUCCUGGACCUCAUUCACUUUCAAUAUAUGGACAAGAGUGGCCAGAAUAUUCUUAAAAAAAUGUACCUUGCGUGUUCCACACAAUAAACACAAGAAUGAAAUGAGGGUGAGUAAAUGAUGAUCAAAUGUUGACAUUUUUGGGAGAAUUAACAAUUUAAGGAUAUUAAUGUAUGUGUGUGUAUAUCUAAAACAAGCAAGGUAAUCUGCACCAUUUUAAUGCCAAAAGAGUAAAAUCUAGAAACAGCUGCCUUACCAAAGCUCCCAGAAGUAUGUGUAUAUGUAUAUCUGUGUGUGUGUUUGUGUGCGUGUGUCUGCGCGUGCAUGUGUGUGGUGCUGGUUGUCCUAAAUAAACCCUCAGUGCCUUGAAUACACUAUGCAGGUUCUCAGAACACACAAACUAAAGUUUGUGCACUUCUGUUUACUUCCACUAAACCAACCUCCUCCAUCUCCAAGGAAAGCCCACUCUUGUCUCCAAGAAUAACACUAAACCUAUUGAGCUCUUUGGGAUUUUGGGAACUGAAUCAUGUGAGCAUCAUAAUCGGAGGUCCAGUGCCGGGGUGUGUCACCCUGUAGCAUGAACGCCUGGUGGGAUUUUAGGCCGGCUUGCCUCUUGAUUUAAGAGAUGUACUUUGAACACAGCCGAUACUGGAGCUGAUCGAGUGGGAAAUAAAUUUGUCUUCCAUAGACUUUCUUUGGAACUUCCAAGUUUUUUAUCACUCUGUUAAUUUUGUUUAUUUGUCAAACUGGAAUUUAAGUGUGGAGUUGCUUUAUUUCUUUAAUAUGUAGUUUUACAAAAAAUUACUGCUGUUUAUUUUUAAUGGUGUGUUGCCUGUCAGUAUUAAGCUGUUAAUGGGAGACAGUAUUAAAAUCCUUAAAGGGAAAGUUCACCUGAAAUUGUAAUUUACGCACCCUCAUGUCUUUCGUAAUCCAUUGGACUUUCAUCCAUUGAAAACAACAGGAGUUGUUAAUAGCCAGAAAUCCAAGCUGCUAUUUUCCAUACAAUUAAAGAUAAUGGUGACCACCUCUGUCAGUUUCAGUCUGUUACUCACACAAAGCUAUCAUAUGGCUUCAAAAGACUUGGAAUGUAGUUGAAUUGACUACUUUUAUGCUGCUUUUUACCUUUUGGAGCUUGACAGUGCCUAGUCCCCAUCUUCUUUCAUUGUAUAUAAGGGAACAGCUUAAACGUCCUUUCGUAACGUUUCUUUAUUUAUAUUCUGUGGAAGAAAGGAAGUCGUUUGGAUUUGGAACAACAGGAGGGUGAGAAAAGGACUGGGUGAACUAUCCAUUUAUGUAAAGGUUAAAAGAUGCAUUUCUUCCAUCUAAAGAAAGCGAAAGAGAGCGAGACUGUGUAUGUGUAUACACUUUGUUCAAAAGAAGAUAAAAUCUUAAUGUAAUGAAGCAUAUCCUAUCUGAUGAUAAUUUUUAUUAAUCAUGCAGCAUAAGUCAGUGCAGAGUUCUGUUAGAAACCCGCCUCUCAUAUUAUAAGCUUUUCCCCCUUUACAUGGGUGGUUCAGAGGUCUUUGGAUGAACAGCACUUAAAACCUCAUGUGCAUGUGGGCCUCUAUGUCAAGUGACUUACGUGAACACUAGUAAAGCCCUGAAAUAGAUGCCCUGACCCGUAUUCACAAUCAUUUUUCUGUUACACCCAAACCACCCCUUGAAACACAGUAGUGAAUUCAAAGUAGCUGUUUUCUACAUCUUGAUCAGUUGUGAUGCUGUUUAAGUGUUUAUAUUUCCACUCCUCAUGAUUGAUGGAAAGUUUUGUUGCAUUAUGGAGUUAAAAUUGUGCAGAUAACAACCAAUCAUACAUGGACUCCAUAUACUGUUUACCCUUUGUGUCUGCAGCUUGACUUUGUCCUUUCUGUGAAAGGAAUGUGAAAAUGAAAAGAUUUGCCCAGUUUCUUUGCAGGCCCAUUUGAUUCUGUCCCCACAUUCAAGUGUAUUCUGUGCCUUGCAGGUGCCAAUUCCUCAAAUGUUUGCAAUA